AUGAACAACCUUAAUUACGACACUUUUCAUAAUCAGUUAGUAGAAUCACCAAGUACAUACUAUCCAACCGCUAUACCACCUGACCCUUUACAAAGAUAUGGCUCAGGGCAUCUCGACCAAGACAUUUUCGGCAUUGCUGUUUCUCGCUUAUCCAAUGCGAAACAAAUGGGAUCCACCCGAAGCACCUUAUUAUCCAUCUUUACUGUCCUGAUGGCACUCGUUGUGUCCAACAUAGCGUCCAAAUUAGUUUACGAAGAAGCCAUUCUUGUUAUUGUUAUGUCAGGUUUCGGAUUAGUCUGCUCUUUACUGUACACGUUUCAAAACAAAUACUAUUUUCGAGGCACACUUCCAUUUGUCUGUAGUUUGGGAGCAGUUUGUCUCAGCUCACCAUGGUUACGGUAUGUCUAUGAUAUGGACCCAUUGGAAAUCCUGUUCCCUAUUACCGUGGCUAGUAUUGUCUGUAUUUACAUCAUUCUGGAACUGUAUUACAUUAUGAAGGUCGUGACAUCAGAUGAUUACCUGUUGGCCAACAUUUACUUUUACGUAGAUCUUGUCUAUCCCAUGCGUUUCAUACAUCAUUUUUGUGAAUUAACGGAUAAUAUGAAUAUAUUUCCAGAGAUCUUAUAUCCCGGUGAUACCAGAGUUUAG